AUGGCCGAUCAAUGGAACCACCAAGCCCCUCCAUCAUGGGCCGAUCAUCUAUCGCCAGAAGGGUCCUUGCCACUUCCACCCGAAGCAAUGGUCACAACUCAAGACGGGGCAAGCGGUGAAGGGGACGGGUACUGGACUGCCUCUGCCUCAAGCAACAUACUACCAUCUUACUCGCUCGCAUCCUCGAUUCGGGACUACAGCUUCGAAAACAAGAGACGUUACCACAAGUUCAAAGAGGGCAGAUAUGUCUUCCCAAACGAUGACGCCGAGCAAGAACGCGAAGAUAUGAAGCAUUCAAUGGUAGUGACUCUUUGUGGCGGGGCGCUGCAUAGCGCGCCACUUCAAGAUCCUCGGACUAUUCUAGACAUUGGCACCGGCACUGGCAUAUGGGCUAUAGACAUGGGUGAUGAAUAUCCAGACGCGGAGGUCACGGGCAUUGACCUCAGCCCGAUUCAACCCGCAUACGUCCCGGUUAAUGUUUCGUUCGUAGUUGACGAUGCUGAAGCCGAGUGGCUGUAUCCGACUGAGUCUGUGGAUUAUAUCCACGUACGGAACAUGGGCGCAGCCAUUCAAGAUUGGGAUAAACUCCUUGCACAAGCAUAUAGAGUUCUAAAGCCAGGCGGCUGGAUCGAGAUUCAGGAGAUGAAAUGGAAUUUCAACUGCGAUGAUGGGACAAUGCGGCCGGGCUAUUCUCUAAUCAAAAUGAUGGAUCUGGUAUGGGAAGGUCUUGGAAAGUUUGGCAUUGAGGCCGACGUUGCAGACACCAAUCCCCAACGCCUACUCGACGCUGGCUUCAUAAAUCAAGUUGAGGACGUGCAGAAAGUCCCGGUUGGUGAUUGGCCAAUCGACGAAGAGCUUGCAAUGAUUGGGGCAUACUGUCAGGCUGUUCUUUACGAUGGUGUGCAUGCAGUCACGAUUGGUCCUUUGACCAGAGGUUUGGGUUGGAAAUCCGAAGAAGUCGAAAUCUUUCUAGUUGACGUACGGAAAGACCUCUUGGACACAUCAACCCACUCAUAUGUGUUUUACCAUUCUGUCGCGGGACAGAAGCCUUUGGCCAACGAUCAUGGUGGCAACUAG